ACAUUUAAAUGAGCAUGACUUGUCAGUAGUGGGUCAAAUGCACAGGGGUGGGUUGUGGUAAGAGGAACAGGAAGAGAAGAGCUGAGAGACAGAGGAGGUAAAGAGGCAGACAGACGGUGUGAGAGCUCAUCACGUCUCUGUGUGAAAGCCUUCGUACAAGGUUUUUUCUUCUUUUCGUUUUCUUCACAAAGAGAUAAGAACAAGUAGUACACCUACAAUGCUGUGCUCUGGGAGCGUAUGCAGAUGACAUUUUGAGGAGGACGUCUUAAAAAAAUCCAAGGGUUUGACAGCAAGAUUAAUGGACAGCCGAGAGAACAAAGUUGAAAUGGCUGGGGAAGAGGGACAGCUGGAACCGCUUGUUAUCACUGAGGAGGGAGAGACAAAUUUUGUUCAAAAAGAGACGACUUUUGCACAGAACCAUAGCAAAGAGUCAUUUAUGAAAGAGGAAGAGAAGCACAAAGGAGAAGAAAAAAGUGAAAUGUGUUCCGAGGAGAAGAACUUGGAAACACAGCCCGUCAAGACGGAGAGUGACCAGGGAAAAGUUGUCGAGGAUGAAAUGGAGAAGAAGGGAGAUGACUUGCCAGAUGAAACUGAAAUCUCAGCGGACAGACAGAAUGUGGAGAAUCAGGUGGAAGAAGCUGUUGAGAACAAGGAAAACCCUGAGAAAUCCACUGAAGCAGUUGAAGAAACUGUUGCACAAACUGAGCCACAGCUGGUGAUGAAGAGGUUGAACAUUUCUGAUCACCGAGAGGAGACUCACCGUUUAACUCCUGACUUCCCAGAAGCUCUGUACGAGCUGCUGUGCACCCUUCAGGAAGGCAGACGACUCAAUGACCAGCGCUGCUCCUUCACACUGGAGAGCAGGGGCCCAAGGCGGAGGUGUCACUCUGAGCCCAACACCAACAAACCAGCCCACAGAGUCGUCUUCUCUUCGAUGACCUCCCUGCAAAGAGAGGAGUUUUUUGAGCUGGUGGCCACCACUCAAGCUCGUCGGCUUGAUGACCAAAGGGCACAGCUGGGAAGGCUCUCACCACCAAAAGGCAGAUUCAGAAGUUUCAGAGGCAGCAUAAAGCAGCUCUCUUUGGUGAAAAAGCCUGCGCCGGUUACUGUGCCUAAAGAGGAUCUGUACGAUAUGAUUCUCACCACACAAGCUCAGGGUAGGCUGGAGGACCAGCGCAGUAGAGCUCCUGGUCCCAUGGAUGAUGAGGACUUUUUCUCCCUGCUCCUGAGGGUCCAAGGUGGACGCAUGGACGAGCAGAGGACGGCACUUCCAUGCAUGCUUCAAACCUGAGGGCUGUAUGGCUAAUGUGGAAGCCAUUCCAGUAUUGAAGCCACAUAAGUUUUUGUCAAAGGUCACACGUGUGAGGAUUAGUGACAUCUGUUGAUGGCACCCAAAUUGCAACAAACAAGACUUCUCUUUUUAUUCUCUCUCAUUUCUUUUUGUAAGCUUUUGUUUUAAAAUUUCAUGAGCAGAAUUACCAGCUGGUGUCUUCUCAAGGGCUGCUAUGGAAUCAUGGUGGUACGAGACGCUUAUUACAAGGCUACCAAAACAAAACAAUUUCAAAGCACUUAUGGUUCCAGACAAUAAAACCCUCCUAAUAUUAUUCACUGGACCUCGGAAGAGUGGUUUCAGUUGACGUUAUAAUUUAUUAAAAAAUGUCAUUGUCAAACCUGUGGAGAUUAUUGCGAAGCCAUUGAUAUUUACACUGCACAGCUUUUAACAUGAUUUGAUCAUAAAACUGUGAUGUUUAUUCAUUCUCACCAGUCAUAGUAAAUUGGAGCAAUAAUUACGCUUUACCAUGGCCAGGUUGUGUCUUUUACUGAACGUCUGCAGAGAGUGCUUGAAUGGUUUAUGUGAGUGUGUGUUACUGUUGUUGGUACAGGCGAUGCUACUUUCUUGUACAGUAGACAUUAAAAAACACCUGAGGGUCAGCAGUGGUGAGUCUGACUGUAUGUGGUGAUUUUUUAUUAUUAUUAUUAUUUUGUAUGUGAAAAUAAAAAUCUACCAGAGCCA